AAUUAAUAAAUAAUAAAAUAAUAGUUCAGUUCCUUUGGGGAAAAAAGGGAAAAAAAAGAAAAAACCCUCACCCGUUGCUUCCAGAUUCAUCGAUUUCAUCUCGUCGCCUCCUCCUCUCCACGCAUCAAUGGUGUGUUUAGCGUGCUUGUUGCCCCUCUUCCUCAUCCCGGUGAUCAACGCGUUGCCGCUGCUUUUCUAUUUCAUCCUCGGUAAAAUAUAUCGGCUAUUUGGGUGGGAAUACAGGAAACCUGAAAGGGUGCCGCCUACUUGUCCCUACAAGCCUGCGGCACAGAAGAAUAUUGAAGGAAUGGAUGAAGCAAAAGCAAAGACGACGCCGCAGUCCGAUGGAGCUACUGCAGAGGGAGACAAAAAAGAAAAAUGAAGCAAUUACAUGUAAUACAGCUUUGUUCUGGUGAUUUGUCAAUGAUUGUGUUAUGCUGAAAAACCGAAAAGCUAGAAGAUAUUAAAAGGGGAGUUUGUGUGAACCCAAAAUUACUCGUCAAAUUAUUGACAUGUUAGAAGAACUGAUCUGGCCCUUUAUAUGUAAUGGUGUGCCUUAUCCCUUAAUCCACACUUUCCUGAGAGUUUGGUUUUAGUUAACCUGUGGCUGGAAUAAGCUGAUCUUAGUUUCUGAUUCAAGACUUGUUACAGUGCUCCAUGUGUUCUAUAUUGUGCAUUUGGAUUUUAUCUUUGAAGAGUCUAA